AUGGAGCACCAGGAGCUAGAGCCCCUGGCGACGUCCUUACUCCCGCUGGACGUUGACGGUGACGAUGACGACGACGAGUAUCAGGUUGACAGCGACUCAGAAACCGAUGACACCGAAUCAGAUGAGGGCUAUGAGCAGGAAGCACUUCCGCAGGAGGAAGGUAUGGCGGCCAACUUUGGGCUACUCUCCGCGAAAAGUCACGAGAGGAUUCGCACUGUUGCUUCCUCUGCCGGUCAAAGUGCACAGGAACCAGACACUUUGCACCUGCUCGACAUCGCGGAUGAUUUGUUAGGCAGCCUCGAAGAAGAAGUGCUCAGUGACAGCGAGUGCGUGGAGAGUGACGCUGAGGAUGAGGACGAGGAGGCCGGCGCGGACGCAGCACCAGCCAACUUGCAAAAAUGUCAGCAGCCGGCGGCAGAGGGUAUGGGUGAACACGCCGUGGACAGCACGCCGAAGCUGGGACGGCUGGCACGAGGGGCAGCCGGCCGCCGUGCUGAGCAGACAGUUGUGCACGACGCGGGAGGGGCGCGGGAUGCCGCAGACGACGGUGGCUGUAGCGGCGCAACGCUCCUACAUGGGACGGCCCAGAAGCCUAGGCGUGGGGCCCAGGUUUCCUCUACACAGCAAGGACUGCAACAGCAUGUACAACACGGAGUUUCCAGCGUUGGGGACGUGCCGGCUUGGGAGGCCCUGGGCGCCGCGGUAGCAUCUACGCCGCAGCAAGAGGAUUUGCCGUCACAUCAACAGCUGGGUCCGUUGAACGGGCAGGCAUCCUUGGAAGGUAACACUCAUGGACCAGCAGGCACCAGCGUGCAUGUAAACCACCAUCAGCAGGAUCACCAGGACCGUAUGCCACCGGGCCCGGGUCACGGCCAAGCCGCUGCCCAGGAGCGGAGCCAACCGGUGGAGCUCUGCCCGCCAUCAGGCGGCAUAUGCCGCCGCACCAGGGCGCACAUGUCUUUGCGGGAUGUGGAUCUCGCGGAGCUGGAACAGCAGCUGCCGCAACACGUAGACCUGGAGGAGAUUGAGCUGGCGGAGGACGACGAAGAGUAUGGCAAAUUCUUGCAGGCCCUGUUUAACGACACGGCCUCCCUGCCCGAGGACAGCUCGGACGAGGAUCCAGACUUUGCUGCGGACCUUGACCUUGACCCUGACGGAGCCAGCAAAGACGAAGAUGACGACCGGGCCUGGCUGAAGCUGCUGAAAUCGCCGGAUCGUGAGGAUGGCGGUAGCGCGGGUGGCCCUGGGGGCCCAACCACCCUGGACAGCCCCGCACGCCGGACACGCGCAAAAUCCAGACGUGGAAAUGCUAAAGGCGGCGAAGCUGCGGCCGCCACGAGUGACAUUGGGGAGCCAAUGAGCCUUCCGGAAAUGACGGCAGAGCAGCUGUCGAUACUGCACGCGCAGGUGCACUGCCACACGCAGAUGCUGGUGCAGACGUAUGCAUUGUUUUUUGGCGAUGCAGACAGCGAAGCGCAAGACUUGGCGGCUAAGGCUGAGGCCAUGUUGGAGCAGCUGAUGUUCUGUCGGGACACGCAGAUCACCACGCGUAAGGCCCUGGGCCUCGCAUCCUACACGCCUGAAGACCUGCUGCGCCCACCGCCGCAACCCCCGCCGCCGGAUGGCCCCGCGCCAGUCGCUUCCACUGGGCUGGUUUUCAGCGGCGGCGCAUUCGCCGACAGGACGACAGUCUCCGUGACCGCGGAGGGUGGCAGCAGUAGCGGCCCUGCUGCCGCCGCCGCCGCCGCCGCUGCGACGGACUCUUCGGGCGGAGGUGGCGGCGGCCGCAGCUGCGGCCAGACUAGCCAAGUGCUGCUGCUGCAACAGCAGCAAAAGCUGCCCGUUGGCGUAGUGCCUUCAGCGGCAGCUGGAGCACCAGUCACGACGGCUGCCGCUGUCGCGGCCACAUCCUUGCUGGGGCACUCAGAAAUCUCACAGGACGAGGUCAGCGCGGCGGCGGCGUCGUACGAAUGGGACAAUGACUGCGGUGCAGGCAGUGCGGGCGCGGGUGUUAUGAACGCGCAGAAGGCCGCGGCGGCCGCGAAGACGGCCGCGCUGAGCACCGCUAUUCUCACGUUCCGACCGGCUUGGUGCCCGGGUCCAGACGGCGGCGUCUGGUCUGUAUUAGAUGUGGUGCCGUUGCGCAGGUUUCCCCAGGUGCAGGACAUCCUGCAUGUAUUGCCGGCGAUGCAGUACAGCGCCUUGCAGCAGCAGCGCGAGCUUCAGGUCAUUGCCAAAAGCAAGCGCAAGAGCCGGCGACGUCGCAUGGACGAUCCGCUGUCCGUCGUACUGGAAUGGGCGCGGCCUGCGCUAAAUUGCCUGCAGGGACACCUCGUGACUGCGCUGAUGUACAACCCUAGCCCCCCAGUACCACUGUCGUAUUGGACGACUGCGGAGGACGAGCUUAUGAUGUACGGCAUGACUCGGUACGGCACGAACUGGCGUCUGAUUGCAAGGAACUUGCUGAUUACCCGUAGUGCCAGUCAGAUCGGCAAUCGCUACAAGAACCUCAACGCGCGGAGACACAAGCCGGAAGAAAUGUUGGAGGAGGGUCGGGCAGACGCGCUGCAGGCGCGAGCAGUAGGGCUGGUUUGCGCACCCGUGCCGGCUGCCGCCGCGGCCGCGGCAGCCGCGGCGGCUGCGCGCAAGUCCAAAACUACGGCACCGACAGCACACCCGAAAGUGCCCAACGCACCGGCUUUAGGAAGUGACGCUGUCGCGGCGGUGGUUGCGGGCGUGGGAGGGGGGCAGAUGGCAGGGACAGCCGUCCCGGCAGCGCCGAAGCCCACGUUGCAGCCUGCAGCUGCAACACUGCCAGCCACGGGCUUGAGUGGUGCCGGAGCCAACACGGCUGCGGCAGCUGCCGCAGCCGUCGCCGCGGCGCUCGGCGCGCCGCCCAUUACGACAGCGCCACCCAUGGCUCCAGAAUUGGCGGCCAUGGUGCAGGCCGCCCGCAUUGUAGGCCUACCACCCGCCGUGGCGGCGGCGCACAUAAUGCAGGCCCAUCAGCGCCUGCGGCCGCAAAAUCCGGCGCCGGCACGGAAGCCGCUGCCGCAGCCGGCACCGCCGCAGGUGCCGCUUGCCGUGGCGUUACAGCUGAUGUCCCAGUUACAAAAGCCUGGGGGUGUCACGGGGCCGGCGGCGGCUGCGGCACGGCUGCUGGCCGCGCAGCUACAGCAACCUUCCACCGCCCCGGCCGCCAUCGCAGCUCUUCAACUUGCUGCGCAGCAAGCAGCCAGUCCUUCCGGUUUGGCAGUCGGGGCUCCGGCAACAGGAGUGACGGCAUCAGCUGCUGGCAUCGCUGCCGCAGCGACGAAUGGCGACUUGGGUGGCCUUGGAGGGCUACUAAGCGGGCAGUCUGGCACCGUAGGAGCUGGCGGUGAUGGUAACGGUGGUUGGGACACGGGGAUGCCGUCGCUGCUGGCGAUGGCGGCGCAGCUGCUACAGGCCAGCAGGGCUGCGAACCAGGCCACCGCUUUGGGAGCAUUGGUGCCCCAGCAACAGGUCCCCCUGACCGCACCCCAACUUGUGCCCCUGGCGGCUGCAUCCGGCGGUGUGACGCUGCCCGUGCCGUUGGCCGCGCAGGCUGUCGUAGCACCGCAAAACCUCUCGUUGCUGCUAACGCUGGGCCAAGCGUCCACGACCCAGCUGGUCACCGCAGCCACCAGCGUUCUAGGCACAUCCACUGCGACGGCAAACCCCGCAGCGACAGGACCUCCAUCAGUACCGCAACCCGUGGCCGCAGACGGGCGGCCGUCCGGCAUGGCCACUGCCGCCGAUGGAGUUGUUGUUGUUGGCGGCGGCAGUGAUGCCGGUAUGUACGGCGUGCGGCAUCAAGAAGCUACGGUGAUGUUCGCCGGCGUGCCGCCGGCGGGCGGUAGCGAGGUUCGCCCGGCGCCGAUGAAUGUGCCGACCUGCUGGCCUGAGCAUCAGCACGACGGAGAGCCAGAUGAGGCAAUGAACUGGACGCCACCGUCACCCCAAUCGCCGCCAGGUCCCACGGUUCAAGGGAACAGCGGCGACUGCACCGCUGCGCUGCUCCCCGCUGGCCAAACUGGCAUGGCGCGGCCGCCGCCACCAGCGGCUGCGGCGCCAAGAUUGGGCGGUGCCGCUGACCUCGGGGUCAGAGUACCGGAAGGUGUGCCGCCGGGGGCGGCGAUGCCGGCACCGUGGCCACAGGCGGUAUACAGCGGGCUGGCGGGCGACCCGCUGUCGCGCUACACGAUGACUGUCGCAGGUGGUGCGCCGGCAGCAAGCGUGGGUGCCGCAGGGUCAGCGGCAGCGGACGACGCGGCGCAUGGGUGCGGGCCGACGGACCCCCGCCUGCCUGCUGUGCCGAGGGACUUGGGAAUACACCCGCCACUGGAUUUCACAACACCGCAAAUUCCACCCCCAAGCCGGCACACUGAAGAGCACCAGCUUCCAAACCUUCAGAGGAACCCGCAGCAUCCAGGCAGUCAGCAGGAUCAGGACCAGCAUCAACGUUCCGAGGCCUCCCCAAGGACGCACGCGCUAAACCCCGCCUCCCUGCACCGCGACCAUCACCAUCGUCACCAUGACGCUGUUCCGCACACCCACCAACAACACCAACAUCAGCACCAGCAACACCAGCAACACCACGAGCUGCCGAGCCUCUCCGAGAACUUCACGAUUGGCGGUAUCUCAGAGCUCCUAAGCUAUGGUGGGCCCAAGUCCGGUGCUGCCACGCCAGCCACAUGUGUUUCGCCCCCGGGCGGGUUCCAGUCCGCCUGCUUUUCCCGCGGCCAUACCGUGUCAUUACUGCUGGGCAGCGGCCUCGGCGUGUCGGCGCUGCUGCAAGGUGACGCUGAGGGCGACAGCACGCCCACGAGAAGUGCAGUGGCAGGCCCGCAAAGACCCGUCACCAGUGACGGCGGCAACGGCGGUAAUCUUCGCUCACACGACCAAUACCGCCACCUUAAUAACCACAACCAUGACUAUUCCAAGCACAAGUAUCACAGCCACAUGCAGCAGGGUAGCGGUGGGGGCGGGCAGGUAGCCCGCGGCAUGCCGGAGGAGCCACGGACAAAGACGACCGGUGAUGUGGACGCUGACGGGGUCGUUAACGCUGGUGCGGGCGCUGGCGAACACGACGUAGAGGACAGAGGCCUAGGAACUCCUAGGGAGGAUUUCCUUCCUUCCCGGUGUCGCCAGCAGGACGGCACUGCCGGUGCGGUGCCGCCGCAGCCGCAGCCGCAGCUGCGGCUGCCGCCACCGCCGCCCCCGAAGCAGCAGCAGCAGCAGGUUCCCUUUAGCCCUAGUAGCCCUGUCAGUCCGUUUGUUGCGGGCGGCCCGCCGGUGCCCAUCCGGGUAUGGGGCCAUGGUGGACCAGCGGCGGCAAUGCCGCCACCGGUGCAGCGGCUUGCGGCGUUGCGCGGCGGCGUGGACGUGACACCGUCGUCGGAUCCGAAGGCGAAGCGGCGCAGCCGCAUCUGCGCGGCUUUCUUUGCGGCAGAGGACGCCGCCAGGCGAGAUGCGGUGGCGACACUGGACACAGCUCCAAGCCCGUUUGAAGGCACCGCGCAGAACGACCACCGGGAAGGCCGCGGGGCUAGGGCUGGCGCCGCGACGGCUGGUUACCGCCCGCGGCCCCCACUGUUCGCUGAUGAAGGAGGUGGCAGCGGCGGCGAUGCUGGGCAGCGCCGCGGCGGUGAGGGGCAGGGCUUGCAUGAGGUAUCGACGGCGACGGGGGAGGAUGAUGACGAAGCAGAUGCGGCGGCAGAAGGACUGGCCCGCGCGCGGAAACGACUUCGGUUGGAUUUGGAAGAGGGGGGGCGUUGUGGCGGCAAGACGCCUGGGCGCGCGCAGCGGACCCGGCGGCUAGGGCUAGAAGAAGGCGGUGUCGCGGCUGCAAGCGGCGAGAUGCGGGGUGCCUGGGGAUCAGCGGCGAACAGUGUCGCAGCCAGCCCCGUGAAACCCACCUCCUCCCCUGGGACCCGGGCCGCUGCCGCAACGGCUGCUGCUGCCGCCGCAGCCUUGGUCGCGAGAGGGUUCGCCGCCCAGCCACCCGAUUGCGGAUCGCGGCAACCGGAGCAGCAGCAGCAGCAGCAGCACUCAAUAGGGACAGGUAGCAGCGGCGGCAGCAAGCGGCGUUCCGGGGGGACAGCGACGACCUCUGGCGCCAGCACCAAACGUGUACGGCCGGGACAGACUAGCGGCUGUACGGGCUCCAGCGGCGCGGCCACCGACGCCGAUGCUGCCACGCUCAUCGAGGAUACCGUGGUUGAGGCACCGACCACCGUUGCACCGGUGGCUGCAGCGGCAGUGGACGACGUUGGCAGCAGCCGAGAUGGCGGUCAGCGGCAAGGUCAGGGGCCAGGGUUGGGGCCUGGUCCUGUGCAGCCCGCUUCCAGGCUUAGUGGCCUGAAGCGCAGCCGCUCCGGUGCCGGUUCGAAGCCGCCCCCAGCCGACAAGGAUACCAGGGAUAGCAAAGAUAGGGCCCGCCAAGCCGGGCCGUACAUUACGCACGGCGAGCCCUUAGCAGUGGUUGACUCCAACGCUAAUGCUAGCACUAACACCAACAGCCCCAUUGUCACGGCCUCCGAGGAUGGUGUGUUGAAUGUUCUUAGCACGGCACCGUGGGACGGCUCAUGCGCUGCAGCUGGCGUGUCCUCCGGCCCUACCAAGCCGCCACAGCUGCAGUGUCAGCUUUCAGCCGCUGUUCCCCCGAGUGGCCCAGGAGGUCAUGUGGCUGGAAAGGCCGCGAUGGCUGGUACUGCAACCGAGGCGGCCGCAGCGGGACCGCGUUCAUCGAUGGUGCCGGUGGCCGCGGCCAAGCCGCCGAAAGCACCCGCACGAAGGGGCACUGCUGGCGCCCAGCGCCUCACAAGGGCUUCAGCCGCCGCAGCGGCCGCAGCCGCCGCAGCAGCUGCCGGUUCUUGCCCCGCACCGGCCCCUUCCGUUCGGAAGCCCCACUCCGCUGCACUGAACGGCACGAUCGCUCACGCAACCGCCGCUGCUACAUCGUCUCCUCCUCCAGUCCGUGCGUUACCGGACGCCCACGCUGCCACCGCCGCCGCCACAGACGGGGCUGUUCAUCAGCUCGCGGCGGUAGCGCCGCUGACGUCGUCACCGCAGCCGCCGGUGCCCAUGCUCACCACACCGUCCAGCGCGCAUGCUGUCAGCGAGGUGUCCUGUGGGGGUCUGAGCCUUCACUCCCUUUUGUUCGGGGGAGACUCUUUAGAUCUCGCCACCCUGUUGCCGUGCAUCAGCAGCCGGAGCCUAGCCGCGGCGGCGAACGUCUGCUCCCCCACCAGCCGUCCCACGGCGUUGUUCCAGCCUGCCGCCGGAGCCGGCAUGGUCUCAAGCCAACAUCCUAGCCCAGCGGCGGUGGCCGCGGCAGUGGCGGCCAACGCCCUUGCCGCCUCCGGCAGCGCAGCGGUGGCAGCGGCGCCGCCGCCGGCGGGCUUCACCUCCCCGCCGCACAGCCAGCUGCUGCAGCUUACGCCUUUCGCACCUAGUGUCUGCACGCUGGGAUCCUUGGGAUUCUUGCCGCUAUUCAGUGCCUCGACGGACCCGUGGCAAGCCCUACAAGUUGCCUCCGCCUGCGGAACCACCAGCCGAGGCCCAGCGAUGCGCGUGGUAGCGGGAUCCACAGCCGCAGGCGACGGCGACGGCCGGGGGGAGGUGCCAAACGGGCCGCUGGCCGCGUCGGCGUCGGCACUUGCUGCCGAUGGUACCCCCAUGGAUCCUUGGUCGCGCUUCAUGGCAGCAUGCAGCCCCGCAGCCGCGAACUCCAACGCGGCAACGGCGGCGGCGCCGCUGCCGCUACCAUCCUACCUCUCGGCAGACUAUUCCCUGACGGCUUUCCACCUGCAUAUGUUUCCACCCGGUAGUGCUGGGCUGCGGGAUAAGGACGCUGACGCCACGCCGGCGGCGCCGCCGCCGGUAACGACUGCAGCCAGGACAACUGCUGAGGUGGAGCCAGAGCGGAGCCGGGAGCCAGGCCGGGAGCUGACCAGCUGCCGCGGUGAUACAGCCGCUGCUGGUGCUGCUGACGCUGCUGCAGAAGCUCACAUUCGCGACGGCCAUGAUAUGGACGACGGCCCGCCGUCGGUUGAAACGGGUGCUGCUGUGGCUAUGGAAGAGGUGCACAUCUCUGGCGGUGGCGGGAAGGACUCCCCACCCGUACAAUUAGAUGCCACCGGCUCUCCGCCGCCUCCGCCAUCGUCUGAAGCACUGGCAGCAGGAGCUGCAGCUGCUGUCGGAUCCAUCGCGGCUAAAACAGCGGCGGUCUUAGCGGGGACUCGCCAUGCAGAGCCAGCGGUUUUGGAACUGGAGGCGACGGAGCCGCUAGCGCCGCCGCCGCCGCCGCCGCUGCCGCCAAGUCCGCCCGUGGAUGUAGGAACUGCGGCGCGACCACUUGCAAGUGGCCGGGUCUUCUGCCCGGCCACGGCGGAGGUGGAGGUGCGGCAGCUCCCCCUGGACAGUGAGGCUGCAGCGGGCGUGCUGAUGUCCCCACCGCCGGCGUCCUGCGGGCAUCUCCCCCAGGAGCAUGACCAACGGCAGCAGCAGCAGCAGCAGGAUGCGGCCUGUGCGCGUUACUCCACUGCGGGGAAACACGCAGGCGGGGAAGUGGCGACAGCGUGUGGUGGCCUGCUGCCGCCGCCAUUGCCGCCGCCGUUCCCCCGGCACAGCAAUGUGCCGUCGCCCCUCGGUCAGUCGCCGCUCCCGGACUCGAGAGCCCUCCCGUCCGAAACUGUACGGUUGUUUGGGCAUACGGUAGCAAAGCCGUUGCCGAUCGCUAGUCCGACGAUGCCAGCGGCGCCGAAGCUGCUGCGGUCUGCAGCACUGGCGACGGCAGCGGCAGCGGCGCCGCCAGGUAUAGCAGCAGCUAUAGCUGCACUGCAACCCCUGCAGCUGCCUGCUUACCCCGACCGCAAAGCACGGCCGCCACCUGUGCCCCACGGUGACGACGUCACUGCCGCUACCGCCGCCGUUGCCACUGCUGCGGCUUACACCGUUGACGACAGCUCCAACAGCCGCAGCCAGUCCCAGCCUUCUGAAAUCGCCGCUGUCCAGCAGCUUGCUGCGGUGCCGCCCCUGCCGCUGGCUCUGCAGACGCCGGCACACGGUCAAGCCCGUGCUGGCGGCAGCCUCUUCCGGAACGUCCUCAGUCCCGCUGAUACGCCUCGCUGUGCGACACCGGGCACAGGUUUUGACAUGCCGCGGCUUGCCGACGCGACAGCGGCCGCCGCCGCCACGCCUAUGCCUACACCCAUGCAGCCGUCGCCUGGCGCCGACGUAGCGGCGGCCGCGGCGGCAGCGGCGCAGUAUACCCCGGCGAUAGUCGCACCCGCAGGCGCUUUCGCGAUCCCGGAUAUGCACACAGCUGUGGCUGUCGCCGCGCCGCUGUCCCUGACGCCGCUGCCGCCGGCGCUUGUCGCGACUGCUGCCAAGACUGUCGGUCGGGGGGACAUGUGGCAAGCCCGUCGACAUGUCGUGGGUGCACCUACAGGGACGCUAGGGCCCUCCAUUUCCCACUGGGCGUCCAACGACCAUGACCCCGGGCACCCCGAUUUCUCGGCCCCGGGUGUGGAAGUGGACCGGCAGGGCAGCAGCUGCUUGCGAGGCGGUGCCGCGGUGCCGUAUUGGCGGGGUGUGCAGACGGCAGGCGGCGCCGCUGCUGGCGGUGGCGGCAGCGGUGCCGCUGCGGACACGCCCGGCCACGUCACAUGCUUCAGCAAGGUGGCUCGGAGGGUUCCAGUGGCGGCGGUCGAUCCGCUAAUGUUGCCGUCGCCGUCUGUGCUGCAGCCGACGCCGCAGGGCCGAUUGCGGCCCGUGGACGAUGGUGAAGAGGUGGUGCCGCUGCGGGCAGCGGAGGCCGAGCAGUCGCCGUUCAGGGAGGAUGAGGAUGAUGAUGGUGAUGAUGAGAGAAAUAGACGGGAAGGAGACGGGGACGGCCGCGGUAAUGAUGGCGGUAGGAAGUACGGCUCGGCUGCAGCUGAAGACGACGACCAUGAGGUGGAUAGAGCCGGGGAUGCGGAAGAGGCUGAUGACGAGGGGGCAUCCGAGGGGGAAGAUUGCGGGCUGCCGGAGUCACCAUCUCCACGGCCGGAAUCUCCCGGCGGGCACGUCUCCGUCAUCGCCGCUGUAAAACCUUCUGGCGCCGCCGCCACAGCCGCUGCGGCAGCGGCGGUGGCGACGGGCGGGGUUGUCAAAAAUGGCGAGGGCAAGUCAGCAGCUCAGCCAAAAGAGCAGGUUCAGGCUCGGCAGCCGCCGGCGCCGCCGAAACCGGCAGCGGCGGCAGCACCAGCGGCGGCGGGCCCCUCCUGGACUAAGGAGCAGGAUCAGUUGGUGAUGCGGGAGAUCUUCAGACUGGGUGAGGGGGCGUCCACGUGGAGGUGCAUUUCGGCACUAUUGGGGGGCCCUCCCUGGACCAUGGAGGCGGUGGAGGCGCGCGGCAAGGUGCUGAUGGAGCGAAUGAUGCAAAUGAUGUGA